GCUGGGACUUAAAAUACAGAAAUUUCUCCCCUUGCCGGUGGCUUGUUACAGCAUUGUUUUAAUUCUGCUAUAACAAUGUUAAGGAAACUAACUAAAUUAUCGACUUUAAAAGUGCGGAACGAGUUGCGACCUCUUGCCUCGUUGGCACAAAGCUCGCAAAAUAUUUUUGACCGUAACGCAAAGCGUUUGCAAAAGGAACGAGCCGCUCUCAGCGAAGAUGUAGGACUUUAUGAUUAUCUCAAGGAGGAGGUGGGCUUCCGCCUGGCGGAUCGAGUAUUUGACAUUAAACGUGAGUUCAAGGCGGCGGCGGAUAUUGGAUGCAGCCGCGGCUACCUCUCCAAGCACAUUCUGGCGGAGAGCGUGGAGCACCUGACGCUGACGGACACCAGUGCCGCCAUGCUGCAGCAGGCCCAGGGCACUCCAGGCCUCAAAAUGAUAAAGCUGGUCAAGGAUGAGGAGGAUUUGGACUUUGAGGAGAACUCACUGGAUCUGGUCAUAUCCAGCCUCAGUCUGCACUGGGUGAACGACUUGCCCGGUUGCUUUGCCAAGAUCAAGCGCAGUCUGAAGCCGGACGGCGUCUUCAUAGCGUCCAUGUUUGGCGGGGAUACACUGUACGAGCUGCGCUCCUCCCUUCAACUGGCGGAACUUGAGCGUAAGGGAGGCAUUUCUCCGCACAUAUCACCCUUCACCCAGAUCCGGGAUAUUGGCUCUCUGCUUAAUCGCGCCGGCUUCACCAUGCUCACCAUAGACACCGACGAGCUGGUCAUUGGAUAUCCCAGCAUGUUUGAGUUGAUGUGGGAUCUCAAGGGAAUGGCGGAGAACAAUGCGGCGUUCAAUCGACCGGCACAUCUCAGUCGGGAGACAAUGCUGGCGGCCAGUGCCAUCUACCAGGAGAUGUAUGCCAAGGCAGGCGAGAAGGGUAUACCGGCGACAUUUCAAAUUAUUUACUUUGUGGGUUGGAAGCCUGGUCCUAACCAACCGCAGCCCCUGGAAAGGGGUUCGGCUGAAGUAUCGCUCAAGGAUCUGGGCACAAUAAUCGAAAAGGGCGGGAAGCUAGACACCAAGGCGGGGGAUUAAGUGUUGACAGUUUUUUUAGUUUUUAUUUCGUGAAACGCAAUUGAACAUAA